CCUAACAAUAGUUGAGUCUGCAGUGCCAAAUUCUGGCAAAGGGCAUGGUCGCUCCUGGGCUCUACCAGAUGGCAGGAAAUCAGAGGUCAGGAAAUGGCAGGAAAUCAGACCAAGCCAAGACCUCUUUGGUAAAAGAAGGCAGAAAAAUAUAUGGUUGCUCUUGACAGAAUAACUUGGGAGAUGGAAUAGGAAAAGGCUCACAGAAAAGAGAUGUGUUUUAGAAAGAGCAAGACAAGAACCACAUAAUGGAGUUUCUAGGAAGGUCAGACAAAGGAGAACAAGAGACAGUGUGGUGUAAUGGUUAGAGCAAAGCUUUCCAAACUGUAUGUCAUGACAUGUUAGUGUGUCAGCUGCAGUGUGUAGGUAUGUUGCAGGAACGCUCCCUGCACUCCUCCCAGUGUUGGAAAGGGGUUAGUUUAACCUCCAGUUUGCUGGUAAAACUGAAUUACUGUGUCGUGAAAUGAUGCAUGUCUAAAGUGUGUCAUCAACAUGAAAAGUUUGGAAAGUUCUGGGCAGAGCGCUGGAAUAGGACCUGGGAGACAAGGGUUAAAAUCUCCACUUGGCCAUGAAAUUCACUGGGUCACCUUGGGCUAGUCACUGCCUCUCACCCUAACCUACCUCACAGGGUUGUUAUGAGGGUUAAAUGAGGAAGGUGAGGAUCAUGUACAUCACCUUGAGCUUCUUGAAGAAAAAGGUGGGAUAUAAAUGCAAUAAAUAAAGAAUAAACGCAGGACAAGGUUUCAAGAGAACUGGCCAUGGAUCUUCAUCCAUCUGUUAUACCGGUUGAUUUGAGUACAGUAUCUUACUUUUCAAUCCACUGUGGUAGGAGGGACACCUCUUGUUCUCAAGCCGCACCACAACUCUCUAGUUCAGUCUUUUAAAAUGCAAUGGCCUCCAAAUGUUUUGGACUACAACUCCCAUCAGCCCCAACCAGCAUAGUUAUCAUUGCCAUAUUUCAAAAAGUGAAUAUCCAGACAAAUAGGCACACAUGCACCUGGCGAGGUCUUUGUGGUUUCCACAGGAUCUCCUCCCUGUGCAGAAAUUAAUCUUGAAAACAGCAUUCUGUUGUAGUCAAUAGAAUAAGCUGCAGUGCCCAUGACAGCUCCUUUGGUUUGCAAAUGGUCCAUGGGUCCCAAAAGGUUGGGGGUCCCCUGCUUUAAAGCAGUGGCUUUCCAAUUUCCUACUUCCAGGCAACCCUGCACCACAAUGAUGGGCCUUCCAAUAAAUUCCCACACUUCUGAUAAGGAAUUCCAACACCAUUUUGUGGAGAAUUCUGGAUCACCCAGUUCAUUUUCAGCAGUAAAUAAAACUGUGGGAACAUCAUUGUUGGCCCAUUUCUACUGUGUGACCAAGAACACACCCAACCCUCUAGCAACUAUACAUUGCAAGGGAAGAGGGACAAGAAAAGCUGAAUCAGACCAAUGGCUUAUCUAGUCCAGCAUCAUCUUCUCACAGUGGCCGACCAGAUGCCUGUGGGAAACUUUCAAGCAGCACAUGAGCACAACAGCACUCUACCCACCUGUGCUUCCCAGCAACUGGUAUGUGGACAUGAGACCUCUGACAGUGGAGGUAAACACAGCCAUUGUGGCUAGUAGCCGUUAAUUGGAGAAGCUUGCCUGCCAUUCCUGUGCCUUUCCUUGAGGAAUCCCUGAAAGGCCUUCCCUGAAGACAUUUUGAAAAACCAUUGUACUAAAGAAGAUGACAAGUGGUGUCUGUAUGUAUUGCCUAAGAGAAACAGUUUCAAGGUAAAACUGAUCACUGUAACACUAGCAGCGCCUUGCUAGACAUGCUGCAUUUGCUUCUCCAGUGGCUAUGGGAUUGAUCUGGGCUUCGGAACAGAAAGACUGACUUCUGCUGAAGAUGAGAGACGAGGAAAGGUCCUGGGAAAUGCCUGUGCCGAGCUUAAGGUCUGCUUUCUUUUUUUCUAACAGGGACAUUGCAUAGGAAGCCUGUUUUUGUGCUGCUCCAUCUUGCCCUCUUCAGCGGCUGGUGAGUGAAACAUUUGGGUCUGACCUUGCAGCAGAACAUUGGCCGUGGGCGGUAGAGCUAAGAGACCUUUCUGGGCCCAAAGAUGCCAGAGGGCACAGAAAUGGGGUGGGGACGCAAUGCAACGAAGGUGGACAUUGUGUGUGUAAUAGUAAUAGUGUAGUAGUAAUAAUAAUGGUAGUAUCUGCUAGCACUGCCACAUUAGAUGACCCAAAAUCCAAACAGUGCAUAAUACCAUAAUAAACCAGACUUUUGCCGACCUGAUGCCUGCCAGACUUGGACUACAACUCCCAUCAGCCUCAGCCAAUGGUAAGGCAUUAUGGGAGCUGUAGUUCAAAACAUUUGGAGGCUGCCAGGUUGACAAAGGCUAACACAAACAAUGCAAACUAGGCAAACUGGUACACUUGCCAUAGGUCACAUCUUUAACUGCUGAAGCAGUUUUCAGAGUAGAUGACACAAGUUCUCCCCUUCAGGCAGAAUUUGGCCAAGGUUGUACACUAUUUCAAAUGCUCUGCAUUCUUUUCCAACUUUUGGAUUUUCUCGUGAAAACAGGGCUGAUGAGACAUAACUGAGAAACAAACGUAUCACAGGGAAGGAUGGGAUUCCUGUGGCCUUCCAAAUGUUGGACUCUGGCUUCUACCAGCUCCAGCUAUAAUAGAGGGCCUGACUCUUGUUUGCCUGGAUGGAGGAUGGAGAGGUCAAAUGUACUUCCAUUUCUCUGCCCACUUUUCCCUCUGGCUUCACCCUCCGCUGGCACGUGGCCUUCCCCCCCAGAAGGGAAUGCAGCCCUUGGGCUGGAAAAGGCUCCCCAUCCACUGGAGGACAUGUUCUGCUUCCUGCAGCACAAUGGGGUAAUGAACCUCCUGGAUAUUAGCAGGACAAAGGAGAAAAUACAGUGGCUGAGGCUGAAUUCUGACAGGCCUUGAUGACUGACUUGCCCCUCCUCUUUCUCACUGGCACAGAUUGCGGCAUGCAGAUCAGCUUAGAUCCCAGAAGACCCAUGCAAGAGUUUGCAGCUGUAGAUGAACUCCCUUGGAUGGUAUCUUUGCAGGAUGUCUAUGGCAACCACUUGGCUUUGGGCUGCAUCCUGGAUAAACAUUGGAUAGUAAGUGCAGCCUCUACUUUCCUGAACAGGUGGGUGCUAAAGUGGAGGUUUUUACACACAUGGAGCAGGAACAGUUAUAGCUGCAAAUCAUCAAACACUGUAUAGGAACUUCCUUCAAGGGCCAGAAAAAACUUUGCAACAAUUAAUAAUAGUUCUUGCAGCACAAUCCUAUCCUUGGGUCAUUCUAGCUAGACAAGUAGGUCAACUUGGAGAUGUAGCAGGGUUGCAGUGGAGCCCGGGCAGAGGGCUCUGCUCAGUGGUCUGCCCCUGUCCCUUGCAGCAGCUGCAAAAGAGGUGGUGUUUCAGGAAAAGUGCUCCCAGGUGAGUCCAUGAAAAGCCUCAGAUGAAGACCUCUGUUCCCAGCCACACUGGAAAACUGGCUGCUCAGUUAAUCAGAAUCCUACCACAAUAGGCUGCCAGAAGUACAUAGCCCCCAGCAAAGAAACACAAUGAAGUUUGGGGGUAUAUCUGGUUGGCCACUUUGAGAACAGGCUACUGGACUAGAUGGGCAACUGGCCUGAUCCAGCAGGGGCCAGUCAAAACACUGGCAAGCCUAGCAGGCAGGAAUUAGGGUCCCUUUUGCCACGUGCAAAAGCAGCAGCAGGAGACUUGUGCAGCCUAUCUGCUUCUCCCUGUUAAGGCCUCCCCAUGGUAACAAUGAAGAAUUGAUUGGUUGUGUGCAUUUGGCAACCAAUAGGGGUUGUUUUUUUUAUAAAAAAAAAGCCAAUAGCCACAGUCAGGAGGGUGGGCCAGAAUUGUGGCCAACAAGGAAACAGUUAAACCUCCCUUCCCCAUUUCCUGCAUCCUGAUGAAAACCUAACCCCUCUCCUGUUGUUGUUGUUUAGUCGUUUAGUCGUGUCUGACUCUUCGUGACCCCAUGGACCAGAGCACGCCAGACACUUCUGUCUUCCACAACCCCUCUCCUGCCUUCUAUUUAUUAUUAUUAGUAGUAGUAUGUAAAUACAUGUUUAGCAUGAUGUCAGGAUUCCUGUUUUUUUAACUGGUACUUGAAAGUCAGGCAUUCAUUAACUGAUUCUUUUCCUUUAUCGCUGCACCUCCUUUUCAAUUUCUGUGCCUCAAGCCCAGAAGCUUCCCCCAGGAAUGGAGAGGCCUGAAGCAAGGGCCCAUGUCUGUGUUCACUCAAGUGCCUUUUCUUUGCUUACGCUUUCCAUGGCCAGGACCCAGGUGUUGGCCCUGGUUGGUAUCACAGGCCUGAAAGACAGAAGUUUCUUGAUCCCCAUCAGUGCCAUCAUCCCGCAUGAAGCCUUUGAUGAACUCACUCUUCACAAUGAUAUUGCCCUCCUGAAGAUAGGCGCCCGGCUCUAUUUCAGCAAGGCUUUGCAGCCCAUCUGCUUCCCACCUGAAAACUUCCCUGUGACAGCUCUAAGGAACUGCUUGGUUGUGGGCUGGCUGCAUCCUCACACAGGUGAGCUACUUGUGUACCAUGGCGCUCACAAUGGCAGUCUUCACAAAUGCUGUGCAAGAUCAAUUGCUCCAUUAUUUUUGGAUUGCAUUUACACCCUGCUCUUCCUACAAGAACAUGUUUGGUGUUAUGCCUAUUUUCAGUUUUUCUCCCAUGAGAACAUCCAUCCCUCUCAUGGAUACACAUCUAUUGGCCAUCUGCAUGUGGAAGACUUCCCAUAGUUCCCAGGGAUCAGAUCUAUGUCUUCCUUGCAUGUGGUUAUUGCAUGUGGCUUCCAAGAUUUCUCCUGGCUGGACACUUAAGAGACAAGGUGCUAUUCAAACCUUUUUUAGAACACAGAAUUCUUUUGAACCAAUAGAGUCACUAAUCUAAUUUCAAUUUGUAGACAUUUUGCCAGAACCAAAUUCUGGAAGCUAGUGAGAUCUUUCUUCUUUUCUUUACCUUGCCCCUCACUGUUGGGUACUAAGGAGAGCUACUUCCUCUGUGCCCUGGACAGAAGACAGGAAAUAUAGCUUUUAGCACAGGAGGGUGGGCUUUGAAGGGAAGAUGGGCAGCCCAAUGUGUGUUGUGUUCAGUUGCCAACUUAGCCCUGUAAAGACCUAGAAAGGCCAGGCUUUGCUCAUGCCUUUGUAUCUCAGUCCAGACAGGGAGCGUCUCUCUACGGAAGCUCUCGGUGGUGGAUGUUGACCCCUGUCCCCUGCACAGAAUCAUGACCACAGAGUGCUGCAGCCACAGGAAAGCUGACAAUGUGUCUGGAUGCCUGGUGAGAAAGUCAUGUUCAUAGGCUCAUCUGCUGCUACCUCUACACAAUUCAUAAACACAACAAGAAGUUCUCUUCUAGUGACUGUGCAAACACUUCAGCAAGGCAUAGUGAAAGUACAGAAAAUAUUUCCCCCUUUUAACACAAGAGAAUUGCUGCAGCCGUUUACUGGGCAGGGUGGUGCUUUAACAUUAGCACUUGUGUUUUCUAUUAUUAAAUUAUAAUUUUUAGAUAUUGUUAUAAAUAUAUAUAUAUUUGUGAGCCCCUUCUAAGAAUUUUUUUCUAAAAGUUGGGGUAUAAAUCUAUUGAAGAACUUUUGAGAUAGGGGCAGAUCUACUCAUUCCUAGGCAGCAUUUGAUAAAAAAAAGAAGAAACACCCAUCAAGAGACCAGUUAAGAGCUGGUAGGUGAACCAUAGCCCAUAAGUAAUCUCAGAACUGUAGCCUCAGAAAUGUCUUGGAAUGUCUAAUUUUCAUGUUAUUCUGAUGGCUGAAAACAGGGCCGGGCAUGAUGAAUCUGGAUUUAAUCCAGUUUAUUCAAGAUCCACAGGUAAAUGUUAAAUGCACUCUUAAUUCACAUUUCUGCUCAGCUGUGAAGCUGAGUGAUCUUAGGUCAGAGAUGGUGACAGGCCCAUCUUCACAGGGUUAUUGUGAGAAUAAAACAGAGAGGAGGAGGAGAACCCUGUAUGCCACUAUGACACCCUUAGCCAGCCAGCUCACAGUGCCCAAUUUCAAACGCUAAUGAUUCCUGCCUGCUGCUGGCAAUCCCUGUUUGUGGAAGUGAGUUGUUAGGGGGACCAUUUUGCUUGAUCUGCUAUUUGGAAGGAAUCUGCAGCAGAGAGUAAAACAGCAGUUUCUGCUCCUGAUGGAACCUUUUCAUUGGACCAGGGGGCCCACCAAAAAGCUCCACAAACUCCUCCUUGUUCCUAAAAUUCUGACUUUGUGCACCUAUCAUGAGGUCAUGAGCUCCAUAUUCUUUUUCUUAUUUUGCCUUGCCUUUUAUUGUAUUUUAUGAUUUCUCUGUCAGUUGUCUUGAACUGCAUGUGGAGAGGUGGGGGAGAGGUAUUUGAAAUGAAUAAAUAAAGGCACCUUUGCUUUUUUCCUCUUCCAAAGGGAUACCCAGGCAACCCGGUCAUGUGCCAGGCAGAUGGAACAAGGCAGUGGGUGCUGAAGGGAGUGAUGACCAAGGGCGGUAUGAGAUGCUAUGGGCCGUUUCUCUACACCAGAGUGUCUUCCUAUGGCGACUGGAUUGUGACCACCACAGCAAAGUGGGGAGCUCCGGCCUCUCCCAUCCCUGACUCAAGACACAGCCCCUUCAGACCUCCCAUGGAGGAGGGCGAAGGGAUAUUUGAACCCAUUGGGGAGGAGAGAGCCAUUGACUUCUCAGACCACACCAGCCUUAAUCAUACAGAGCACCUCACAGAAGACAGCCAGGAGCUCCCAGAAGGGCCAGCUGAGUCACGGGCCAAGCAGUCUGAUCCCAUCUAUUAUGACUACUACAGUGGGGAGCUUCUUCCCGUUUCUACAGCCAAGUUAGGCCAGCCUGAAGGCCUCCUCUCUAAAAGCCUCAUGCCCUGUCUUCUGACAUGCUGGAUGGUGGCAGGUUAAGCAGCAGACAUUUCUGAGAAAUGCACAGCUGAGAUAUGGUGAGUGCUGUUAUGCUCAUCUGUCAUUUCCCCAGAAGUCCCAUUUGGACAAUUAAACUUCAAACCCUCCUUAUUCAAUCUCCUUAGAACCAUGUGGUAUGAAAUGACUCCAAAGUGGUAAAUAUAGCCAGAUAUAUUGAUGACUUAUAAAGUAACUCAUCACAGGGGAGCAGAAAGGGAAAGGGGACAACAACUGCAGGGGUCCUGAGACCCUGGUGCAAAUACCUUGUCAGGAAGAGAGAGCCAAAGAAGACAGAGGAAGCAGGAGGCAUGUGCUACAGGGACUACUGUUCUCUUCCAAGGCUAGGCAACUGUGCCCUUGGUAAAGUGCCUUUGUCCAGCUCUCUCCUUCUCAGUUGCUCCCUUGCUCUGGGAGAAGAGCCUGCAGCUGUUGACUUGCCAGCUUUGCCUUGUGCCAAGUACUCUGGUAGCCCCGCAAGGCCAUCUGUGAGACGGAAGAGGGGAAAAGAGGAAAGCAGUAAGAAACUGAGCUGGGAGUGAGGGACAGAGAGAGAGACUGAGAAAGAAAACCCAGACCAAGGGGGAGGGGGACAACUAUUGCAUGCCUUCUAUUUACCCUAAAUGACAAAUGCUCUCUAAGUUCCUGCCCCUAAGGUGGGUGGAUCAGCUGUUCCUGGCCCUCUCUUGCUUGCUCAUCCUCAUUCUGCUCCUCUUUUAAACUCCAAGCAAGGAGAAAAAACCACACAUAUACAGAGAGGCCGCUUCUCCUCCUGUAUCUGCACCGUGGAGUAAUAUCAUUUCAGAGUGCUCCAGAAACAGCAUCCACUAUCUGCAGGCUUAUCUACUUCCUGAUGCUCUACUGCCACCUUCACAAUCCUAGAAAGCUUAAAUAAAACCCUGCUCUGCAAACCAGCAAGGGAGAGAACAAGGACAAGAAAGGAUAUGCCAAAGGCAACAGGUUGAAAGUGGAGUUUUUGUCCAUAGCCACAUCUCUUCAAGUUCAGGGCUAUCCCUACACUGAUCCCCAACUCCACUUCCUGCACACAAUCUGAACACCCUUUUCCAAUAGGGAAUUUUACCUCUCUUUAACCUGGUGUUGAGUAUAACAAUGAGGCACUUGGCCACAUAUUGCCCACAUCAGUGCCAAGUUUGUGUUCAGAGGCAGAACAGAGGUUUAACACAGACCUCGCUGUGGUCACCCCUGUGGCACAGGUGCCCAGAUGUAAGACCAGCAUGCUCAUACCUCUGCAAUUUCCACCUUCCUCUCCCAGAUCUUGAUGAUGUUCUCCAGUUCAUGUACUGCCAUCUUCUCAUGGACAUAGUCGAGGACAGGGGGCACUUUGUACUCUGCCAGUUGUUUCCGUAGCUUUUUGUUCAGGACCUCGGCUUUGAACCGUUCCUAUAAAAAAAAGGAAAAAAGAAAAGUAUUUUGAUGAGAGACUCUCUUUAGUUUUAUUUCAUUGCAUUGUAUGGGGUGGGGUGGGGACAGGAAUUUAGAUCAGGGAAAUGGCAGGGGGAGAAAGGGCUAAACACCUCUUCAUCCAACAUCAAUACACCAAUCACAUUCAGAACCCCCAGUGACUUCUUUAAAGUAAAAAUAAAAAUGUUUGGAGAGCUGAUCACAGAUCUUCACUGUAAUAUGUAGUUGGACCCUGCACCGGUCCUUUACUCUGGGGGAAGCACCUGCACCUGAUGACUGGCCGUUUUCAUCUGAAGCCAGACACUGCAGGGCUCCUGCUGGUAACCCACCCUAUUUUCUGAGUAAGGGAAAUAGCUGUUUAUCCUGAACGUACAACCCACGGAAGAUAAAGAGGCACUGAGCCUUUCCUGACAUUCUUUCCUUAGUCAGAGGACUCCCCCUCUUGAUCCACGCAAAUAAACCAUCUUCAGUUUGCAACCAUUCACACUUUUCUUCCUGAAAAUGUGAAAGUCCCUGUCCAGGCUUUUCAGCAUCACUUAUAGCAAGCAAAUUAGUUCCCAGAUAAUACAAAGUCCUCCCUUAGUGUACUGAUUUUUCUCCUGGGAUCAUUUUUGCUCUACUUUGACUCACAAGCCUGAAAAAUCACAUGCAUUAACAAUAAAAAAUAAUAAAAAUACAUUAGGAGCCAGUAAACUGGACAUUGUUCCUGGCGGCAACACCAUCAUUCACAAAUAAUCCCAGUAAGUUGAUCCUGUCACUGUUACUUUAAAACCUUUGCUUGCAGUUAAAUAGCUCCUGUCCCUCCCUUCAGUCCUACCUCCUCAACGAGGAUGGCCUCAUGUUCAAUUUUUUCCAGAGACUCCUUUCUCUGGGCAAUAUCUUUCACCAGGUUGGUGGCCAGGGUCAUUGCGGUAUACAGUUUCUUCUGAAAUAAAACAAGUUGAUCCAGACUGAGAGUGAAAAGAAGGUUGGAUGGCCUGUGUCUACCUAAGCAGAAGGAACUUUCAGAAGGCAGCAUCCAGAUUUACUUUGCAUGUCUGAAUGCUACCUGGCCACACACGGAACAGCUGUAACUGGAAAAUGAGGUUUCAGUAGCCAGCACAGACACUAAAUCCAGAAUGGAAGUAUAAAGUAUGUUCACAAAAUUAUGUUCGCCUUUACAAAGUUCCAUCCUUAUUUCAGAUAUUGUGAUAUAUUGAUAUAUUGCAAUGUUUAGCUGGUGAUAUAUCAGGAUUAUUCCCUGGGAAUAAUGCCCAAGUGAAAAUGAAGACAGUAGUGCAAAGAAGAGAUUUGAAGAGAUGCAGAAAAAGAGACUCCUGCUGAAAUCCCUUCUUCUGGACAGUGAAAUAUGCUCCAGAAGCUUUUGGGAAAGGGCCAAAGCUAAGAGGUUAAGAGCAUCUGCUUGGAAUGCAGAAGGUUCGUGGUUCAACUCUCGAUGGAUUCUCCAGGAAGGGCUAGGAAUGGCCCCUGAGUCUGAAGUCCUGGAGAACAGCUGUCAGUUGGUGCAGACAUUAUUGAGCCAAAUGGACCAAGAGUCCUGUGUCCCUAGGCUCAUCCUCCUCUAAGUUUGGCCCAGGAUGAUACAACCUCCUGGACCAAGUCCCACCGUUUUGAUUCUUAUAGGCUCAUUUGCACACAGUGGGAUCUUCCUUUGGGGUGGGGGAAGCUUCCCAUGGUAAGCAUAAGGUUUCAGGGACAGUUGUCCCUCCAAUUUUGCAUUAUGCCAAGCCCCCCCCAUGGUAGCCAUUUUGUGCCUGGAGCCCCUAAAUUCAAAAUUCAAAAGGUACCCACUAGUCCAAAAUGGUGCCUCUUUCAGGAUGUGUGUGUGUGAGAGAGAGACAGAGAGACUCAGACCUUCUUUUAGCUUGCUUCCACACUAGACAUUUACUGCAGAAUAGCCAAGCUUUACCAGGGGUACCAACUUGAAUAAAAUAUGGGGGAGGGGGCAGGUAAGCUCUGACCCGCAUAAUUGAUCCCAAGACAUGGCUCAUGCACACCAUUUGAAUGGCAAUGCCCAUCAACUUGGGGAGGGGGCACAGCCCCCUCAAAUAUUUUAGUGGGAGGGACCAAAGGGAGAUCGGCCCCUAGACGUUGGGUCCUAUGCUUUACACACUCAUUUUCUACAGGUUAUUUGCAUGACAUCAUGAACAAACAUCAUGUUCCCCAUACUCAGUUCCCCCUCUUUUUCUUUUCAGAGCCCAGAAUAUUCAACUUUAAAAAACCCCAAUUCAAUAGCACACAAUUACCCAAGUGAAUAUACCCCCUUCCUCCACUUCUAUUCUCGCUGAUUAAAUUGUUCUGGCCAUUUUCUGGACUGUUGCCAUUUCCUUUCCUAUUCUCUGUCCCUCUUCUCUAGGAAUCAACUUGAUCAAUUUAACUCUCCCUGUCCAAAAAGCAUUGCUUUUAUAUCAGCACCCCUACCCCCAUUGCAGAGGGCAUGGGCAGGUGGGGGAGAAUCAUGAAUGAGAAUGCAGUUUGGAGAAGGGAGCAUUUAACCCUCUUGCACAAUGUUUCUGACCAUUGGAACUCUGCUCUGCAACGGAAGAGAUGGAGGAAAAGCUGUGUUUACUCCUUAGCAGAAUAAUUGCUGGUUACAGAGCAGAGCUUUGGUCUACAGCAGCACUGUCCCCCUCAGUAGGGAAGUGCAGGCAGUUGGAUCCCAGGUCUCUUCCAGCAGCCAUCUUAAGCCAUGUAUGGGGAACCAAAGAGCAGGGGAGAGAGAGAGUACUGUGGGACUGCUCUACUUACUCUGUAGAAAUUGAGGACCUGGAUAGCGUUGCCCACAGUCAGCUUCAGUUGCAGCAGCUCCUGGUUCCGCUCAUCAAUCUUCUCCAGGAACUGAGCAUUCUCGAUUUUCAGCUGCUGGAAAUCGACCUCGUGUAGUGCCUCCCCGAGUUCCUCCUUCUGCAGACCAACCGAGAACAGUGUGGGUCACUGACCAGGGAGCCCAAGUACAUAGCAGGUUUCUCUGUGUACAGUUCUAGUUGCCUCACCUCAGAAAGGAUAUUGUAGAGUUGGAAAAGGUUCAGAAAACAGCAACCAAGAUGAUCAAGGGGAUGGAGUGACUCCUCCAUGAAAGGUUGCAGUGUUUGGGACCUUUUAGUUUAGGGAAAAGGCAUUUAAGAGGUGAAAGGAUAUAAGUUUAUAAAGUUAUGCAUGGCAUGGAGAAAGCAGGUAAAAGUUUUGUUCCCUCUCUCAUAAUACUAGAACAUCCAAUGAAGCUGAAAGUUGGAAGAUUCAGGACAUUUAAAAGAAAGCAUUUCUUCACAUACAGUAGUGCACAGUUAACCUGUGGAACUUGCUCCCAAAGGAGGCAGUGAUAGUCAAAUUUGGAUGGUUUUAAAAGAGGACAUGUUCCAAAUGUUGGGUGCUCUUUCUGAAUUGAUGAUUCUGGUGUUCUACUUAUGGAGAUACUCCUGAUCAAUGAGCAACAACAUGGAAUGCAUGGGACACCAAGCAAUGGAACACCUGAGGCGAGACUGGCCUGUUGAGAUGCAGCUUCACAAACUUGCAGUUUACGCACCUGCUUGAGCUGCAUUUGCAUCUUCUUCUUCUGGACUUUCAGGGAAUCAUUUUUCAAACGAAUUUUCUCUUUCAGUACAUCCUGAAAAAGAAAGUCACCUAAUUUCUUUCUCAGGCUUGCUGCUAAAGUUUGCCUGCAUUUACAUGUACUUUAUGUGUGGCUGGGAGAUGAGCACUUACCCUGCAGGCUGUGACCAAUCACUCCUGGCGGCAAAGCUCUCCAGAGGAAACUCCCAGGUAAUAACAGGAAUGCUGCUUUGCCUUGGACCUUACAUGUAUCCAAAUGGAAUUGCCUCUCAACUCUAACAUGUGUGAAGACUUUUGAGUUGCACAGAACUCUAUUUUAGGCCAAAGAGUUAGGUGCAUCUCAUAAGUAUUUUGAGCAAUUAUACAAUUGUGUAUAAUUGUGUAUAAACAGCUCUCAACCCUGAUGCAGUUAAACUAGAAGGAAUGGCAGCUGCUCAUUAUUAUUGCUAUUGCCUUGCACAGGCAAUAGCCAUUCUCUGAAAGACUGAAUAGAGGAAAAGUUGAUGAAGAUCAGAACUGGGACUUCAUAGAUACAGUUGCCAUCUUUUUCAUUGGCCCCACUCCUAUGUAUUUACCAGGCUGAAAUGUAAUAUAACAUGUAGAAAUGUGGUGAAGCUGGCAUGGAGAUAGGAGGAUGAGCUUUACCUGUUUUAUUUCUGCAUGUUAAGGCUACAGGUACAGGGUUAGGUAUGGUUCUUUAAUGAUAAAUAUCCAUCCUAUCUACUGAUUCAGCUUUAUAAUGUCAAGAUAUGUAUUCUAUGGAAUAAGAAUGCUCUGAAAUAGACACAUUUCUCAGGAAGUCCUCCUCUGAAUGACAAAGAUUGCUUAAGGCGUCUGAAUGUAUGCCACUGUUUGGUGGGAUCCACCAUGAUGUCUACAGGCUACUGCACUCAGUUGCUGGUAUCUAACAAAACAAGAACAUAUGCAGGACGAUUAGAGACACUGACGGUCCCACUAUCAGGCUGUUUUACCAAGGUUCUCAGUCGGCUAACAGAGCAAAAUGAGAGCAGCUGGUGGGACUCCUCAAUGUUCUCUCCACUUACCCUGUAGCGUAUCCUAUCUUCCAUGUAUCUUAGCACUUUUUCAGAGGCGAUGACACUCCCUUUCUUCUUGGUGAUGGUUUUGACUAUAUCUUUGUCAAAGUCCUGCACAGCUUUCUUAAUGUCAACUAGGCGGAUGUCUGCUUCCUCCAGGACAGCCUGCCAAAUUCAGAUUGCACCGUCAGUAAAGGAAGGCUGCAUGUCAUUGAUUUGUUCUCAUGGAAAACCAUGCUGACCAGCUGCUGCCCGGGGACAAAGCAUUGUGUUCUGUAAACUCUUGAGUUAAAAAGGUGGAGACCAGCAGCAAGCAGUAGGUGGCAAACAUGAAUGGCUUGGCUGUGGUACUCCAGCUGAACUCCUUGCCCAAGACCAUUAAUUGUUAUGACUGUUAAUGAGCAAUGCCUAACUGAUGGUAAGAUGUCCAGCAAUUAUUUAUUUACUACAUUUAUAUGCUGCCUUUCUGCCAAGGCACCCAGGGUUCUUUUAGUAUUUUAAAAUUGCAAUCCAACACAUGAUAUAAAAUGUAAAGUUGCCUAUGAGUGGGUGAGUCCAACGGAGCAGGCACUGAUGUUUCCUGCCUCUCUUGCUUCCCCCCUUUCCUUCCCACAGGGCAGAUGGUGCAGGCCCAAAUAAUGUUUUUGUUUAUCUCCCUUGCUCAGUUCCCACCUUGAAAGUCACAUUCCAUUGGAAAAGCUUUCCAAACCUGACCAUGUUAUUGCAACUGAUAAUCUUGGAACUAACCCUAACUGGGCUCCCCAAACUCCAUGCAUAAGAGCCUGUGUGAGCAAAUGGCACUGCCAAGCACUUCAGCUGUAUUUCUCAUGCCAUAGCUCCUGCUGUGUUUAUAAUACUGAAAUACUGAAUGAGGAAAAGAGUGGUUUCAUUGGCAGACAAAAUAAACAGCCACCCACUCUGGCCAGCUAUGCACUCCAGGUUUAAGUAUCCAGAAAAGAGACAUUUAACCCAAGUUUUAGCUCUUCAGCAUCUAUUGUAAAAUACACAAAAGAGGAAUAUUCUGACAUUCUGCAAGAGGCAGCCUGGCAUGUAUCUUCCCAAUCAACAGCAAAACUGACAGUCUUUUAAAAGGCAGUUCCUCCCCUUAACUAUGGCUUUUAUAAGCCCACAGCUCCUUGGAGUGUCCAUAAAUUGGUGUUUUUAAGCCUUUCCCAAAGUACUACUGCACAGAAAUGUAUAACAAGAUCAGCGCUAAAGCCCAGAAAAUACAGGGGAUCUUGAAGCCCAGUGUUUUAAUGUUAUCAAGUGCCAUCAUUUCCUGCCUUCCGCUUCUCAAGAAGACCAGUUGUCUACAGCCUUGACUAAAUGAACUGCCUUUGGAUUAUAAGUUUGAUUGGUAGAAAAGUGCCUCUUCAUCUGAAUCACCAGAUACUACUGAGUGGGCCAAAAAUGGCAUACCACUGCUCACUUACUAAAUUUGACCUGGCAUGAACAGGUGCCUCAAUGAGGAGAGAACACACACUUCAGUACAGCGAUACAACACAUGCCUCUUCCUGUCCCAGAGCAACUAUACCAGGUAGUUCUGCAACAGCCUUUCUGAAUUUUCCUUUAACCUCUGAACGUCUUCCUUCGUCUCCUCCAGCUCCCGUUGUGCUAUGUCACAUUUCUGUUC